GUCUGUCUGGCGAGUGGAAAGAUUUCGGGGAGAAAGUGCGCGGGAGCGGGGCGGGAGAGUGCAAGCGCGCAGGCGCGACCGGGGGGGGGGGGCGGGCUGCGAGGAGAAUCUCAGCGAUCCUCAGUUACUGCCGCAUCCUCUGCCGGUCGUCAUGGCUGCCUACAAGCUGGUGCUGAUCCGGCAUGGCGAGAGCGCCUGGAACCUGGAGAACCGCUUCAGCGGCUGGUACGAUGCCGACCUGAGCCCAGCGGGCCACGAGGAGGCGAAGCGCGGCGGGCAGGCGUUGCGAGAUGCUGGCUAUGAGUUUGACAUCUGCUUCACCUCUGUGCAGAAGAGAGCAAUCCGCACCCUCUGGACAGUCCUGGAUGCCAUUGACCAGAUGUGGUUGCCAGUGGUCAGGACCUGGCGUCUCAAUGAGCGACACUAUGGGGGUCUAACAGGUCUCAAUAAAGCAGAGACUGCUGCUAAGCAUGGUGAGGCACAGGUAAAGAUCUGGAGACGAUCUUACGAUGUCCCGCCACCUCCAAUGGAGCCUGAUCAUCCCUUCUACAGCAACAUCAGCAAGGACCGCAGGUACGCAGACCUUACUGAGGACCAGCUACCCUCCUGUGAGAGCCUGAAGGAUACUAUUGCCAGGGCACUGCCCUUCUGGAAUGAAGAAAUUGUCCCCCAGAUCAAGGAGGGGAAAAGGGUCUUGAUUGCUGCCCAUGGCAACAGCCUACGGGGCAUUGUCAAGCAUCUGGAGGGUCUGUCAGAAGAGGCCAUCAUGGAGCUGAACCUGCCAACUGGCAUCCCCAUCGUCUAUGAACUGGACAAGAACUUGAAGCCCAUCAAGCCCAUGCAGUUCCUGGGAGAUGAGGAGACCGUGCGUAAAGCCAUGGAAGCUGUGGCUGCUCAGGGCAAGGUGAAGAAGUGAAGGCGAGGAGGCGGACUCCUGCCCUGACACCCUCUCUCCCUGCUUGUUCCUGCCUCCUGCACCCUCCCCUGCACCUGCCACACUGACUACAUCUUUAGGAUCUUCAGUUUAAGUUGUAGCUGCAGAUAGGGACCUGUGGCUCCCAUUCUCCUUUUAGUAUUUUAUCCCCGGCACCCACUCCCUUCAUAGAAUCUAGUCAGAAGAAGACCUCUGGGGUGCAGGCUCUUGGUCCAUAUCCAGGGACGGCUCCCUGUUACAGGAGAGUUGAGAGAUAGUAAUUAUAGUUUUCUUAGCUCUUUGUUUACUAAGGGUCUGCUUAGGAAGAAGGUCGGGAGGGACUGUAUGUGGUAUGACCAAUGAGGAGAAGCUGUGGUCCAGUUUUGUCCCUGGAACCUGUCCUGCACUCUUCCCACAAUUAGGUAACUGGGGGCCUAGUCAUUCCAGUGGAGAGUGAAAGUAACCUCAUGCCGAUUAAAAGACCCUACUUUCUCUCUGACCCUAAAGGAGCUGCUGGCCCUAGAAGGUUGGGAACAGUCUUGUCAAGUCUAUGUGUUACAUUUAUUUUUACAAAAAUAAAGUAUAUAUACAUAUAUCAGCACAAAAGCAACGAGGUUGCUAGUGGCAGUUGAGAGUCCUAAGUGGUCACCAGAAAAAAAGCCAUUCCUCAUAUCAAAUGGGAUAAACUCCUUGUACCUCUUGCUGUGUUUGGAUCCCUUUGCCUUGUUUUGUAGAGGUGAAGCCCCUUGAUCAUGUCCAAGGUUUUGUCUUUCACUGUCUGAAUCAUGUUCCAGCUGCUUGACCCUACUGUGUGGGUUCAGAACUCGUUUGGGCAUAACAACUAAGUCUCUUUCCAGAUCAGUAUAAUAAAGGAGUGAUGUGCAAUACUUUA